ACCAAAAAUUCAAAAACAAGACACCGUUAUGAGAGUUGCUAUUACCAGCCGCAUUCGUUUGGCAAUUACACUACGUUAUUUAGGUACCGGGGAUUCAUUGAGGGCAUUGGAAGUUAAUAGUCACAUUUCAAGAAAAACCAUGAGUAAAUUUUUGCCCGAAGUUUUGAGUGCGAUAAUAGAAUGUUUGGAAAGUAAAUAUUUAAAGCUACCGUCUACUAAAAACGAAUGGCUUGAGGUGGCUAACGAUUUUGAGGAGUUAUGGCAGUUUCCACACACCCUAGGAGCAAUAGACGGAAAACACAUACGUAUUAAAACUACUGGACAAUCCACUCCCGAAUAUUUCAAUAAUAAAGGCUAUUGUAGCAUUGUUCUUUUUGCUCUUGUCGAUGCCCAUAGCAAAUUUUUAUAUGUAGACAUUAGUAAAGGUGGACGUGAUUUCGAUGAUGCCGUUUUUAAAAAUUCAACUUUAAAUGAAUGGUUGAAAAAAGAAAAGCUAAAAGUACCUGCAGAUAGAGAACUUAAAGGACAAUUAGUCAAAACUCCCUAUUAUUUUAUAGCUGAUGAUAUUUUUAACUUUGAACGACACGUUAUGAAGGCUUAUAACAGUAAUAUAAAUCUGUUAAAUUCACAACAGGUUUUCAAUGAGAGAUUACGGCAUGCUCUGACGUCAGUUGAGAUAGCAUUUAGUAAACUGGCAGCUAGGUUUGGCAUUUUGUGUCGCCCUAUUGAAGUAAGCUUAGACACGUGUGAUUCAUUGGUACGAGCAUGCUGUAUACUGCAUAAUUAUUUAUCCAAGGAUUUGACAGAACCUUAUUCAUUUGAGAUAACAACAAAAGAACUUCCAGAAACUAUGUCCUCUUUACCGCCACAAUGUCAUGAACGUGUAAAAAAUGCCAAAGAAGUAAGAGAAAAUAUAAGAAAAUAUCUACUUACGGAAGAAGGUGCUUUCAAUGAUAAAUAAUUAUUUGUUGAUUUUUUUAAAUAAAACAUUUGUUUACAUUUUUAUAUACUACCCGCUCUGGUACCAGUACUAAUAUGAAUUCCAGGUUUUAUUGGUGAAUAAGAAAAAGAAAUAAUAAUAAAUUACAAAGUAAUCACUUUAGUACUAGCGCAGAGCUUUUGUAAGUAUUUUAUAUUUUCCAUUUUUUUCUUUCAAAUUCUUUUUGUAGUUUUUAUUUGAACAUACAUACGAAAUUAUUUAUGCUGCCUUUAAAAAUAACAUAAAUAAACUCAUUUUGUUUAUACUAUUUAAAUAUAAUAAAAGACAUUAAAAAAAUAAUAACUAAUAAUACUUAACUAAGUAAGUAAGUAAACUAGAGUUAACAAGUUCUAUAAAGAAAUUGUUAUUUCAAACUAAUCGUGUAGUAACAAAACAAUAAU